ACUGAAGAGAUGAGGACCCUGUCCCACUACUAGAAAUGUGCUGGGACGGUCCAUUGAGCAACAGGAAGAUCACAGCACAUCGCUAUUCUCGCAAAGAUGCAUUCGGUGUCCUCCUGUCCGUCCAAGUCUUUUCAAGGUAGCCUGCCCCAUCAGUCACUGUAAAGGAGGGCCUCUGCACCUGGUCAAUCUUUGUGAAUGAGGUAUGGUCUCUGUGCCUGACAGUCCGAGUGAAGGUGUGCCCUCUGCCCCAUUAGUCCGUGUGAAGGUGUGCCCUUGUGCCCAUCAGGCCAUUGGAAGGAGGUGUGCCCUCUGCCCCAUCAGUCCCUGUGAAGGUGUGCCCUCUGUGCCCAUCCCUGUGAAGUAGAAGUGGCUUUUGAUGUUGCACAUUUUAUUUUUGCAGAAAAGAUACACGCCCCUAAUUUAAAUCUUAAGUCAAACAAUCAUGUUCCUUCUUAUUAAUUAACAAAGCUCAUUCUGAGGGUCUUUUCAGUGUGCUUCCUGUAGUCAUGACUAAGUGGUGUAUACAGUGAGCAGUAAAGGCAGAAGACAUUGUUUGGCAUCUCGUGAGAAACGUAAUGUCUUCAUUUGAUUUGCCUAAACUGCAUUUUUUUUUUCUUUCUUUUCUUCUUUCUGUCUUUUAGUGUCAUGGCUUAGAGGAUCUUCUAAGGACAAAGCUCUGAGAUUCUAGUGAAAUUCCACCAUCACAAUCGUUGCUCGCGUUCUUCAGUCAUCUGCCUGGGACACCAUUGUUGCUCUGCAGUCUACACGUCAUUGGACAACUCCAUCAGUGCCGGUGUACAGAUGCAGGGACACCUGCAAUUCCAUGUGCUUGCCUCAAAAGCGCUACCAGACUGUUUGAGAAUGACCCGCUUUCACUUAUUCACCAUUGUUCUGUUUCAAGUCUGCAUUGUCCUGCUCCCUCAGACUGAAGCUGGUCAGAACCCAGACCAUGUGCUGCAGGGGGCCGGCGGCAAGUACAGCUCAGACUCCAGAAGACCAGCUCCUGGUUCGACAGUGGAGCCUGAGGAUGCGCCACGUUUCCUCAGCUGUUACUGCUCAGGCCACUGCCCAGAGGACGCCAAGAACAGCACCUGCAUGACAAAUGGCCAGUGCUUUGCCAUCAUUGAAGAAGAUGAAAAUGGAGAUGUGUUCUUAAGUUCUGGCUGCAUGAAGUAUGAAGGCUCCCAUUUUCAGUGCAAGGAUUCGCAGUAUGCCCAGGCAAGGCGAACCAUUGAGUGUUGUCAGUCUGACUUCUGUAAUCAUGAUCUAAAGCCUGAACUUCCUCCACGAGAGCCAGAGGUGUUUCUUGCCCCUCACUGGCUGGCCUUGCUCAUCUCUGUUACGGUGUGUUGCUGUGCCCUCGUCUGCAUCACCGUGGUCUGUUACUACAGGUAUAAGUGGCAAACAGAGAGGCAGCACUACCACAGAGACUUGGAGCAGGCCGAAGCCUUCAUUCCUCCCGGAGAAUCUAUCAAAGACCUCAUCCACCAGUCUCAGAGCUCAGGCAGUGGCGCUGGGCUCCCCCUGCUGGUGCAACGUACCAUUGCGAAGCAGAUCCAGACAGUUCGUCUGAUUGGGAAGGGCCGCUGUGGCGAGGUGUGGUUGGCCCGCUGGAGGGGGGAGAAGGUGGCGGUGAAAGUGUUUUGCACCCGUGAAGAGGCCAGCUGGUUCAGAGAGACCGAGAUCUACCAGACCGUGCUUAUGAGGCAUGACAAUAUCCUGUGCUUCAUAGCAGCUGAUAUAAACGGUACAGGAGCCUCUUCCCAGAUGUACCUCAUCACAGACUACCAUGAGAACGGCUCUCUGUACGACUACCUGAAAUUCACCACCCUGGACACGCAGGCCUUGCUGAAACUGGCCUACUCUACAGCGUGCGGUCUGUGCCACCUUCAUACCGAGAUCUACGGCACGCACGGCAAACCAGCCAUCGCCCACCGGGACCUGAAGAGCAAGAACAUCCUUAUCAAGAGAAACGGCACCUGCUGCAUCGCUGACCUAGGAUUGGCUGUCAAAUUUAACAGUGACAGUAAUGAAGUUGACAUCCCUCUGAGCACUCGUACAGGAACCCGGCGCUACAUGGCUCCAGAGGUCCUCGACGAAAGCCUGAGUAAAAACCACUUCCACGCGUACGUCAUGGCCGACAUCUACAGCUACGGGCUGGUCAUGUGGGAGAUGGCGAGACGCUGUGUCACAGGAGGGAUAGUCGAGGAGUACCAGCUGCCGUACUAUGACAUGGUCCCCUCAGACCCUUCAUAUGAAGACAUGUUGCAGGUAGUGUGUGUGAAAGGCCUGCGGCCCACAGUGUCCAACAGGUGGAACAGUGACGAGUGUUUGCGGGCCAUGUUGAGGCUGAUGUCAGAAUGCUGGGCCCACAAUCCACAAUCACGCCUCACUGUUCUACGAGUCAAGAAAACAUUAGCCAAAAUGGUGGAAUUGCAAGACAUCAAAAUCUGAGCCAUGUCUGAACGGAGUUUGUUAGCAAGGCCAGUCAGAGACAGGAUCAGGCUCUGUUCAGUUUAACAUGAGCUGUGAGAGACCGAACUCGACUUCGAUGCCGUCUUUGCUCCUUCCCUGCUUGACCUCUGGAAAGCACACGGAGCCAGUUUUUUGUUUUGUUUUUGUUUUUCUUUUGCUUUCUGUGAAAGCUGUACAAUCACAGGCUUUGAACAGAUUCAGACUGCAUAUGUGAAUCUUCUAAAAGUCUUGGGAUGGACAACUGACCUCUCUGCCUUACACACCAAGCUACUUGUUUCUGUGUCAGCUGUGUAUGCAUUUGUCCUUUUUUUUUUUUUUUUGGUCUGGGAUAAACCUCAAGUUCCUGCCAUAUGGAAAAACACUUGUGACUUUUUGCCAAGCGCAAUUAUUUGUAAUGUUGGACUACACAAGCUAAAAAAUAAGAAAUAUUCUACUAAUAGUGGUCCAUGGGGCCAGACACUUCAACCUUUAAUAAAAGAGUUCCCCGGGUACGUAUGUUAAGUUAACAUUUUAAUAUAAGUAGUACUUAGCGGUCAACUACAAGUCUAAAUCCUGUCUUUCUCAGUAUUUUAAGGGAAUAUUUUGUUUGUUUGUUUUAAAGCUGUUCUUAAAAGGAUGUUUUAGAUCUGUCAGUCUGAUGGAAAACAUUAGAGUCCCUGUAUGGACUUCCCUUUGGAGUACUUAUAGACCAGAACAGAAAUACACACGAAAAACACCAGCCUUACUUUACCUUAAUUGCUUUCCGUGCCGCUGAAAAAGCAUGACAUUUACAGUCUAUUCAUUACAGGACGUUUAAACCAACAGUCCUCAUUUUGGUGGCAGACUAAUAUUUAUGCCUUUAUCAAAUUUGCCAACUUUUCACAAUGUUAUACAAAGGUAAAAAAUUACAGAAAAAUAAAUGCUGAAGUUUGAAAAAGGUAAUAAAAAUGCUCUUCAAAAAAAUAAAUUUGCUUUAAAAAUAUAAAUAUGUUAAAGAUGGAUGGAGUAACUCAAGUUCAAUGUACAAGAUGAUAAAAUGUCACAGGAAAUGGCUGCUGCAUGAGUAGUGUGUGUACUCUUUGACCAGAAGAGAAUAUUUUGGAAAAGCAGACAGUGUUUUUAUUUUUUUGUUUUUUUUUCUGUUUUUCGUUCUCAUUUCCCACUGCUAACCUUAUAACUUGCUGAAGGAUUUAGCGCUGUGAUACAUGACCCUUCUUUUUACUCCUGUUUCUCCCAGUCACACUUCUAAAAUGUUACUUUAACAAUUGAACUAGCAUCUCUAAUAUGAUGUAUAUAUUUAAAUAUUGUAUUGCCCUGCCCUAUGCUAAUGAAAGGUAAUUGUUAUGUAAUUAUUACACAACUUUUUUAAUAUAACUUCUGGUUGAAUGGGUGCCUUAUGAGCUUGCCAAGAAAGUACAAAUACAGUAUGUAUGAUACUUGUCCAAUGUAUUCAUUUUAAGUAAAUAUUUACUAUAUGAA